GAACUGUCCAUCACCUCAGAACCAGACUAUAGUACUGUAACGUUUUCCACCCCCGACUCACGUUUGUUCGGGCGCCAUUGGUUGUUGCACGACUCCCCAACCAAAGGGAUUUUCCAGCGGUUCAGUGGUUACCGAGAAAUGGCUACACCAGAGUUUGUCACAUCACUUCCACUCAACCAACUCCAACACGUUGAUCCAGUCUUUUUGCAGUUGCGCUUCCUUACUCCUCCCCUGUGCACCUUACACACACGUUUUCUCUCCGCGUCCCCUCCUCCAUCUUGUCCUUUCUUUCUCUCCCGUCCCCCCUUCCGCCGGCACACCGUAUCCCUCCGCCGCACUUCAAAUGAGGGAAUUUGAAUUCAACACUGUUUAGCAACCUCACUUAUUCUAAUGAAGUAUAAUUUCAGAAAAUGUUUAACCACUAUUAUUGACGUCCUACAAGUUAGUUCACAAUGCAAAAGUUUCAAGCUAAAUACUAGGUGGAUCAGGGCGCAAGAAAGUAGUUCCUAGCCAAUAACAGCCCCCUUGCUAUAGACAAUCCUGCUAUCAGAGCGGUUGGAAGAAGUGGCUUAACUGCCAUUUUAUCAUGGCAUAGGGGUAAGCUCCAGUCCACCUCACAGUACCGAGUUAAUUUAGUGGCUAGAAAAAUUAUCAACAUACUAUAUGCUAUAAAUUUGGUAAUUUACACUUCAAUUUCAAUUUUUUAAAAUAAUGUUCUUUAGUAAGAUCCUUUUUAUAACAUGUCAUAAAAAUGCUACACUUUUAUUGACGAGAAACAUUUUCAAAUUUUUGUUGUAAAAAUAAUGUUUGGACUUUUAGACAGUUCAAAAUUUAAAAUUUAAUUUUUAAUAAGUUGCAUGAAAGGGCUAGUUGCCAGUAGCGGACCCAGAGGGGGGGCUAAGGGGCUCAAGCCCCCUCCAAAAGCAUCUGUGUCCACUAUUGUUUUAGUGUUUGCCUUGACAAAGCCUAGCCUCAGCUGGGUCAAGCCCCUCCCAAACCAAAAUCCUGGAUCUGCCACUGCUAGUUGCAUAGUAAUAGAUAAUAAUUUAUAUAAUUUUGAAUGCUAGUUUAGGUAAAAUAGAUGAUAAUCUUUCCAGUCCAUAUUUAGUUAUUGGUGACACCUUAUUUUUCACGGGAUUUUGUUUUAAAAUCAUUAGUACAGAGAGGUUCCAAGAGAUGAUUAUGUACAGCAUCACAGAUCAAGGAUACCGGUCACUACACUCUACUGGCACUAAUCUGGCAUUCUAUGGUGAACCACAUUUUGUAACCUGGCACCCAUCGAACCGCUCAUGUUCACAAUUUUUAGGGGGGAUUCCAUCGACCAUGAUCCUGUACUGCCAGAGUUUUUGGUUCGCUCAAGAGUUUAUCGUUUGGCUUAAAUGUUGACGAAAGUGGUAUUUUUGUUUCAAUUGUGUUAUCACAAAGAAACAAAUACCAGAAAUAUGUUGUGAUUUCCCUGACUUUUCCUGGUAUUCCCUGACUGUUUUAAUUUCCCUGAUAUUCCUGGUUUUCUCUACCUAUAGCAUUUAUGUGUUUAGACUUGAGUACAUUUUUUUUUUUUUGGGAAAAAAAAAUUCCUUAAAAAUAGAAAACACUGAAUAUAAUUAUUUUAAAAAUAAUACUGAGCUAAAAAUGACUCCAUAAAAUCUUGUCUCCCAACUACAUGGGUUAUACACCUCCUUAAUAUCCUUAAAAGUCCUUACUUUGUAAUUGAAUAAAAGCCUUUUAAUAUUUAAAUUUCACUUUAUAAUCCUUAAAAACUCCUUAGUAAAGACUGAUAGCGUGCAAAUAAGGGAUAAAUGCAGGUAUUUUAGUAUUCUUUUGUUUCCCACUUGGCAGCAAACAAUGCAUGCGUAGUACAAUUGGUGAAUUUCGGGCUACGUGAUUAGAUUUUGUGUAUAAAAAGUUUUGAAUUUGUUUUUCAUAAUUAGCAUUUCACCGUUAAAUUAAAAUGGUGUGUUUUACAGUCUUACAUUGAACCCAUAAAGUAAAUGUUAUUAGUAGAGACCCCAAAAAAUGGUGAAGCGCGAAAUUCACGAAAUAACGCGAAAAUUUGAUACUUUAAACAAUUUUUGCGACUUUCCUAUGAUUUCGACAUAGUCGCGAAAUUCACGAAUUUUCGCACGAAAUUCACGCAUUUUCGCGCGAAAUCCACGCUUUUUCGUACAAAUUAAUGUCCUUAUGUCGCAAGUCCUAUUUAUUUAGGCCAUCAUAAACAUAGGCGUGAAAUAAACAUAGAUUGAAAGACUAGUGCCGUGAUAUUAUCUUCGUUUUGACACGUUACUGAAAUCCAUGUAUUUUUAUCUCUGUUUACAAGCAGUAAAUAUUGCCAUCGCAAAUGAAAACAAAAUGUAACAAAUGUCAACAAUCGAUAUAUGCGCACUACCAACAUAACGAAAUUGACUGUCCACAGUUUUAGUGUUUUGAAUAAUGGUCGUUUCUGCCGCAAGGCGCACUGGUGUCGAUUUUUCUAACCUAAUUUAAUCGCAUGGAGCUAAGAUGGCAGUCAUUUUUGCAUGCACAUAUCUAUGAGUGUUUACAAAUACCGUCUACAUUUUGUAAGUUUUGUGAUACAAUUGAAUUUAUGGCUAAGAUGCCGAAAACUUCGACAAUGUUUGAUCGCGAAAGAGAGAUGGAAUCGGAUGGAUAUUAUAUUUUUGAUCAGCGGGACAAAAUUAUGAUGUGCAAGUUCUGCAACGUGCGGGUUGAUUGGACACUCAAAGACACGUGCAAGAAGCAUGUGGCAAAUGACACACAAAACAAAACAGAAAAGACAAUUAUUUUGUCAAGCAAAUUCUACCGUGUCUAAACAAAUCUCGAUAGGCGACAGCGUGAAUAAAGCAAACAAGCUUGAAAGUGCAGAAAACAAGAAUUUGUUUUUGAUUUUGUUAAUAUGAUGCUGUAGGUUAACAUUCCUUUGGAAAAAGCUGAUCAUCCAGCUAUGAGGGAAUGGUUUAACAUCCAUGUUGAAGGUUAGCCUUUGUAGGCCUACAAUAUUAUUGAUUAACUUACCUUUAGGCCCAACUUACCUUUACUUCAAAUAAAUUUGCAAGUACCUCAGAUUAACAAACACAUAAAUAGGAUGGAUUGCAUUGUGAAAUGGUGAUCACACCACAAGAUAUAUUUGACUGAUUGAUUGAUGGUUUGACUCUGUAAUCCAGCAGUAAUCUUGAAAAGGUAAGGUUAGGUUAGGUUUGGCUUGGCUUAGAAUUGUUUUGAGUAAAUUAGCCCAUUAAUAUUUUCAGCGAUAACCUUAUAAAUCCUACCUAUUUAUAAGUAUAUUGUAAGUUAUGUAUACAUUUAAGGUGCAGGGGAUUUGCCAUCAGCCAACAUUCUUGGAGAAACUUAUGUCCCAAAAAUUGGCCAGGCAAAUAAGGAAGCAGUAAGGCAUGCUGUAGAAGACAAACAGAUUGUAUUCUUGUGUGAUGAAACGACAGACAAAGUGGGCAGAUGUAAGACAGAGUCUGCUACUUUGUAGUGCCUAUCCGCUAUGAGGUUUUUUUUACACCGCCAAUGGAAUAAUUUUUUCACCAUUUUUUGGGGUCUCUAUCGAUUGCUUAAUUUUACACCGAUUUUUUGCACCGCUUGGUUAUUUUUACACCGAUUUUUUGCACCGCUUUUGUCAUAUUUUUACACCGAAAUGAGCCAGUUUUAUUUACCAUUUUCUGGGGUCCCUAGUUAUUAGUGUUAAAAUUAAAUUUUUUAGGGCUGUAAAUAUUUCUGAUGGGCUAUGCUUGGGUGUUGGAUGUGUUCCAGUGAUAAUGCCGGACAAUAUGGGCUCAUCUGUGAGAAUCGAACCAACCAACAAAAUUAUUUUUUGUCCAUUAACAUUAUUUUCGUAGGUUUUCUUUCUACGUCUAUAUAGUGGUAAAGGGGUCCUUAAAAACUCCUGAAGUUUUGAUGGCAUGCCGUGACAGGGUUCCCACGCUCCUUGAAAGUCCUUGAAAAGUGCUUGAAAUAUUUUGAAGUAAUUAAGGGCCCUUAGAAGUGCUUGAAAAAACUUUUAGGUGCUUGAAAGUGCUUGAUAAAGUUUACACUGUAAGUUAUAAUUACGUUGUACAUAUUUAUUCAGGACAAGUUUUUAGUGUGGCACCGUAAUUUAACUCUACGAUAACUUAUUUAUGGUAUGUUCAAAUAGUUGUCAUUUUUACAUUGAAUAAUGCCUCGUUUUUCGACGGCAUACGAUAAGAUAUCUUCUAUGCACUAUUUUUAUCGGCAGUUAUGGUGUCAUCAGUGUUUUUGUUCUGACAAAUGACGAUCACUUUCAUUUGCUUUGUGUCCAGAUUGUAGAGCAUUACUCUAUGAUUGUCCGUUGCUGCAGCCAUGUUGGAAUUUGCAGUUUGUUGACUUCGUUCUCGUAAAAAUGCCGGGAGGGAAGUGUGUUUUUAGUGAUGCAUGGCUCGCAAACGAUAUUUAUUCAUUAUGGUUAGUGAAAGUGCCUGAAAAAAAUAAAGCAAGAUGUUCGUUUUGUUCAAAAAAUUUUGACAUAAGUAGCAUGGGUGAAGCUGCUUUGAAAUGUCAUAUUAAAGGUAAAAAACAUGCUGCUUUCACUGAUGCUGCAACAAAAUCACUUGGAUUGACACAGUUCUUUGGUGUUGAAAACUCCAGCACAGUAAAUGUCAAAGCUGAAGAGAAUAAAAUUAGGCCAGCUUCUGCUUCAGUUGUAGACAGCUGUCAUGUUACAAGUGUUAGUAGUUGUAGUAGCAGUUCCAGUCCUUCAGUAUCUUCACAUUUCAGUGGAACAGAUGUUAUGAAUGCUGAAAUAAGAUGGGCUUUGAAAUGUGCAACCAGUCAUUACUCACUUAAUUCGUGCGAAGGACUUCCAGAACUAUUCAAGAAUAUGUUUCCUGAUAGCAGUAUUGCGAAACAGUUUUCAUGUAGUGCCACAAAAUGUGCAUAUAUGAUAUGCUUUGGACUUGCACCACACUUCAAGGCUGCUAUCUUCAAGACUGCCAAUGAAGUGGAACACUAUUGCCUGUUGUUUGAUGAGAGCUUAAAUCUUUCUAAUCAAAAGAAGCAAAUGGACAUACACAUCAGAUUGUGGGACCCAAACAGCGAUGAGGUAGUUACAAGGUUUUUCACAUCUGUAUUUAUGGGACAUUCCAGCGCAGAAGUAACCCUAUCAGCUUUGCAAGAAGCAACAGAAAAGUUGAAUCACUCAAAACUGCUUAACUUUUCAAUGGAUGGUCCAGCUGUGAACUGGAAGCUAUUUAAUAUUCUGCAAGCUGAAUUAAAAAAGGAUUUUGGUUGCACCUUAAUAGAUGUAGGCAGUUGCACUCUUCACACUUUGAAUAAUUGCUUCAAACAUGGCAGUAGAUCUACAUCUUGGGAUAUUGACAGUUUUUUGGUGAGCAUAUACUGGCUUUUUAAAGAUUCUCCAGCUCGCAGGGAAGAUUAUUUGAAUCUUUCUGUAAACAAAAAACUCCCCUCUAAGUUUUGCAAACAUCGUUGGUUGGAAAAUGUUCCAGCAGCCGAAAGAGCACUCGAAAUUUGGGACGACUUGAAGAAAUAUGUCGGAGAAGUUGACAAGGGACAUCUUACAAAAAUUAAAUGUAAGUCUUACCUUAUUGUUAAGGAGGCAUGUCAGGAUGUUUUGAUGCCAGCAAAGUUGAACAUUUUCCUUUCGGUCGUCAAACUGUUACAACCUUUUCUUACGAAGUAUCAAAGUGACAAACCACUCUUGCCUUUCUUAGCUGAAGAUCUAAGAAAUAUGAUUGUUAGUUGCUUGCAGAGUUUCAAUAUUAUGAGGAAUGAGUACAUUUCGAAAUUAUCUUCACCAUACCAGGUUUCACUCUUUGACUUUAAAGACAGAAAGUGUCUUUUAAGUUCAUGCAAAGUUAACUUGGGGUUCAUUGCUGAUAGACUAGUCAAAGAACUUGUUCACAAAAGGGAAGUUUCAGAAAAAGAGGUACUAGAACUCAGACAUGAAACACAGAAUUUCAUUUUCUUGAUGCUUGAAAACCUAGUGGUAAAAUCCCCAAUCAAGUAUGCCUUCGUUCGAAGCCUUUCGUGUCUUGAUCCAAGAUUUAUGCUAACCGAUAGCCACAGCUGCUACAAGAAGAUGAAGCAGAUUUUGUCAAUUAUUGUAAAGGCUAAACAACUUCAGGAAAAGAUGUGUGAUGAAAUCCUGUUGGAGUAUCAAGAAUUGCUCCGAUAUGCUCAUGAAAACAAAACAGCAUUUAGUGACUUUUCCCCUGAUGUGUCUCGAAUUGAUGUUUUCUUUCGCAAUUACCUUGGUGGUGAGAAAAAGUUUGUGAAACUGUGGCCAGUUAUAAAAAUGCUUUUAAUUUUUUCACAUGGCCAAGCAGCUGUAGAGCGAGGGUUUUCUGUUAAUCGCCAUAUAGAAGUGGAAAAUCUAAAGGAAGAUUCGUAUCCAGCAAAGAGAUUAACCAUUGAAGAGGUCAGAAAAUGUGGCGGUGUUACAAAUGUUCCUCUAACAAGAGAGUUGCGGGCUUCUGUUGCAGCAGCUCGUCAGAAGUACAUGUCAUACUUGGAAGAGGAACGCAAGAAAAAAUCUAAUGCGCUGGAAAAGAAACGUAGUCUUCAGUUAAGUGAGGAGUUAGAAGUUCAUAAAACAAAGAAGAUUCGACUACAACAAACAAUAGACAGUCUCCAAAAAUCUGCCGAUGAACUUGCUGAGCAGGCAGAAAAAACUGAAAAUGUGAAUUUGAUUAUCCAGUCAAACAGUUUUAGAAAGACAGCUAAAGAAAAGUUACUUGAAAUUAAAAAGAUAGAAAAGAAAAUUCAAGAAGUAUCUGAAAACAUGAGGAGAGUAAAAUAAUCAAAAUUGUUAUAUUUUGUUGUGCUAUAUUAAAUAUUAAUAUCAUGAACCUUUGAAAGAUGUACUGUAAACUGUCUAAUAUGAGUACAUUCCUAUUUUCUAGUAGUAAUGAGUAAAAAGUGCAUUAAUAUUAUUAUCUUGAUAUGCAACCUGUAAUUAUAUGUGCGUGUAGAUGUAAAACUGUGCAGUAACUUAGCAUGUUGUAAAUUAUGCAGUUGAUAAAUAUUUGAUAUUGCAUCAUUGGUAUUUAUUUUUGCCACACUCUUAAACAUAGCAUUGUUAUGAACAGGAAUUCUGUAAUAAUGGGACUGUCAAGGUUAUAGUAUUUGAAGUUAGGAAUUCCAUGAGUGCUAAUUCAAUAUUCUUAAAUUUAAAUUCCUACCAAAUACCUACCUAACCAAAUGCCUACCUAAAUAACUUACUAUAAUAAUUGUGAACCAGUUCGGUAUAAUGUUAAACUCAGCCAAUUUGCAAUGUUACUGUCCCUCCGAUAAGCUUUUAUCUUUUUGUUUAUAAGUAAUAGACAGGAAAAAAAAACAAUUAUGCACAUGUUCAUAAUAUAACUAUAAGUACUAAAAUUAUUUCAUAAUAUUUAAGUCCUUGAAAUUUUGGAAAAAGUCCUUGAAAGUGCUUGAAAAGUGCUUAAAUUUUUUCAUCAAAAAGGAGUGGGAACCAUGCGUGAGCUAACCUAACUUGUAGUAGUUCUUGCAAUAGUUGUAUGUGAGGACCAGGUCUGUCUGGC